AUGAGCUCAACACAGAAGGACCAACAUGGAACGAGAAGUCAGCGCUCUCAGGAGGCCGACAAACCUCACAGAAGAAAGGGAGAGAAAAAAUACAGCUGUGACGAUUGUGGGAAGGAUUUUAUUUCGAAGGCUCAUCUAGAAAUCCAUCAGGUCAUCCACACUGGAGAAAGACCUUUUAGCUGUGACUUGUGUGGAAAGUCUUUUUCUUCGAGGGGUUCCCUAAAAGCACACAAACUAAUCCACAGUGGAGUUAAAGCGUACAGCUGUGAUCAGUGUGGCAAAACUUUUACUCACAGUCCCAACUUAAAAAGUCAUCUACUUACCCACUCUGAAAUUAAGGCAUACAGCUGUGACAUUUGUGGGAAGACUUUCAGACAUAUAGGGAGCCGAAAUGCACACCUACUCAUUCACACCGGACAUGAUGUGCACUGCUGUAAUCAGUGUGGUAAAGUGUGUUUAACAGGAAAAGCCUUAAAACAGCACAUGUUUAUUCACUCUGAUGAGAGACCUUAUAUAUGUGACCUCUGUGAGAAGACUUUUAAAUCUAUGCAUUACUUGAGGCUACACCAACAGAUCCACACCAGAAAGAGACUGUACAAGUGCAGUUACUGUGAGAAGCAGAGCAACACAGAUGGAUCCAGUUCUCAACCCUGUCAUCACUGUGGGAAAGCGUUUCGUUGUGACAUUUGUGGAAAAACAUUCAGUCGACAAGACUACCUCAAAGUACAUCAACGUAUACACACUGGAGACAAAAUUAAGUGCUGCAGAGAAUGUGGUAGAGGAUUCCCCACAUCACGUGACUUAGAACGACAUGAACUCAUUCACAGUGGGGUUAAAAUGCACGUCUGUGACCAGUGUGGGUCAUCCUUCACCCUUGCAAGUGGCCUUAAAACACACAAACGUGUCCACACAGGAGAGAGACCAUACAAGUGCAGACACUGUGACAAAAGCUUCUCACAAACAGGUAGUCGUAACAAGCAUGAACGCACACACAUGGAAGAGAACUUCAGCUGUGACCAGUGUGAUUAAAAGCUUCAGAAAUCUCAGUUCAUACUCCAAACACAAACGAUCCCACGCUGCAAAUAAACUGUUUCACUGUUACCAAUGUGC